GUAUCCGUCCAAUUUUCGAUUCUAACAAACUUUUCGAUGGAGUCAGGAAAUCUUCACCUGAAUGUCGACUAUGUCGGUAGCAGUGGCAUUAUUUUAAGUCCAGAGCGGAAGGCGGCUCUACAGACUUCGCUGGUCAUUCUUCAGAAUGAAAACAAGUUCAACAAAGUGUACUUCUGGGGCAAAAUUGUUGGUGUCAGUGACGAUUAUUAUAUAGCACAAGGUGUCUACAAAGAUGAAUUUGUCGGAAAGAGAACUUUUUACAGCAAAGACUGCAUUCGCUGGGGUCUGCUUCAACCAGCAACAGAAGAAAUGCGUGCACAGUCCGAAAAGAUACAAGGUCGAUUCUCGGGUGACCCGUCCUUUGAAUAUGAAUAUAUUCGUCCCAAAAAGGUUGGAGACACAGAGGAUGAAAGAGAGGAAGAAGAAACGGUUACAGUCAAAGAGGAGGAUAGACUGUCUGCUACAAUCAGUAAGAUUGAUGAGAAUGUCUGCAUUGUUCCACGAGGAGCUUAUAUCAAAGUACCUACUGGUCAGACUGUCAGGAACCGGAGUUUUGAAGGCCUAACUGUGUCAGAAGCAGCAAAGCUGUGCAACUACAUGCAUUUUCGUCAAGCUAUCCUUCUGCCACAGAAGCCUUUGCUGAUUCGCGCCAACCUUGACAAAGCUGUUGAUUUUAUGGACAACCUUGAAGAUGACAUUCCACAAAGUUCUUGGAGCCUGCAGUUUGAACGUGGCAGUGGUCUGGUCACUCUGCGGAGUUUACUUUGGCCAGGAUAUGUUUUCUACCACGUUCCUGGCACUCGAAAGCUUUGGCUCUGUGUAUUUUGGCAGUGGAGAAAUGAAUCUUGAUCUGCCCUUUAUGUUGUAGGAUAGAUGAACUGAACUUUAUACAUCAUUUCUUGGCAACUUGAAGAACUGUCAGUCUGCCAGUGUUACUUUCAAACUAAAAUAUCUUGUACCUACCCAUCUUCCUUUACCCCAAGCAAUUUCAAAGAUGGACAAAGUAUGACUAGACAUCAAUAAAUGUGAACGACUGUACAUUUUGUCCAGGAGCUAUCUGAUAAGAAUAAUGUAACUACACAUAGCAAUGUGCAGAAAAAUAAAUGGACGUCAUAUUUCCCAAAA